UAAAAUUCAAGAUGGCGGACAACGAAGAUAAAUACUCUAUUUUGCUACCCACAUAUAACGAGCGAGAAAACCUACCCUUGAUCGUGUGGUUGAUUGUGAAGGCUUUUUCAGAGUGUGGGUAUGAUUAUGAAAUAAUAAUUAUCGACGAUGGAAGUCCAGACGGUACCCAAGAGGCAGCCAAACAACUGGAAAAUAUUUAUGGAACUGAUAUAAUUCGGUUAAAACCAAGACCGAGCAAGCUUGGCCUGGGUACUGCAUACAUUCAUGGAAUGAAACAUGCAACCGGGAACUUUGUAAUUAUCAUGGAUGCCGAUUUAUCGCAUCAUCCAAAAUUUAUUCCAGAAUUCAUCAGAAAGCAGAAGGAAGGAGACUAUGACAUUGUAUCUGGAACAAGGUAUAUUGGAGAUGGAGGAGUGUUUGGCUGGGAUUUAAGAAGAAAACUGAUCAGCCGUGGGGCAAAUUAUCUGACACAGGUGCUUCUCAGGCCUGGUGCAUCUGAUCUGACAGGAAGUUUUAGAUUAUAUAAAAAGAAAGUGCUCGAGAACUUGGUAGAUGCCUGUGUUUCCAAAGGAUUUAUCUUUCAGAUGGAAAUGAUUGUGCGUGCAAGGCAGUUUGGUUACACCAUAGGAGAGGUCCCUAUCACAUUUGUGGAUCGUGUUUAUGGUGAAUCUAAACUUGGUGGUAGUGAAGUGGUCUCUUUUGCCAAGGGACUCCUUUAUCUGUUUGCUACUACAUAAUAGAGAGGCUUAGUAGUUUAGCUUCUGUUAAAAAAUAUUUUAUGAAGAGGUGUGGGUUUCAGAUGUACUCUCAAUCAGUCAACCAAAGAGGGUUAAAAUACUAAACUGAGGUGCCAUAGGAAUGCGCCUCCAUUGCAUGCGUACUUGAAUUGGUAUCAAGAAAGUUGACAUUUACUCAAGAAUGAAGGAUUUCCUAGGAUACCAGUCAAAUAAUAUUGCUGAUUAUGGCUGAGAGUAGGAAUUAAGUCAUUCACAGGUGCAACUGGGAAAACAGGAAAUUACAUACUUAUCAACUUGGUAAAAAGAAUCUGUUAGAAAGGUACUAAUAACCCAGAACUGUGACCAUUAAUGUGUUUAAUGAUUGUAACCUCUUAAAUGACUUCAAUUUGUUGUAAGAGGUACCUGCCCUUUUCUCUCUCUCUCGAAAAACGUUUUCUUAUUUUGGGGAUUAACGAAAAUUGUUUUAGAUCAAUAAAACUUGCUGUGUGCGUGGGUCAGUUUUCAGAACAUCUUUAUAAAUUUCAUUUAGUUUUACAAACGAGAUCAAGAGGGCAAUCUGUACAUCUGAGUGCUAUCAUGAGUUUUAUUAAGAAUAAUACAAAUUAACAAUAGUUAAGAUAACUAUAAAGAAUUUUCUUUAUAUAUUUAAAAAUAUGGUUACUUACAGUUAUAACAAAAUAAAAGUAUUGUAGUA